AAACACAUUGUUUUUAUGUUGAGGGAGUGUUUAAUUUCCAUCAAUCAGUUUUAUAUCUGGUUCUCCCCAGGUCGCCUGACGGUGCGUCAGAGCAGCUCUCAGUACUUUGAAGGAGAUUCUGUGUCUCUGAGCUGUGAGGAGGACAACAUCUCUGCUGGAUGGACUGUGAGGAGGAACACAACCAAGGAAAGUAGAACUCAGUGUGGAACGGACUGGGGGGACGCCGUCGGUUCCUCCUGCAUCGUCAGCCACAUCGUCCCCCUGGAUUCUGGAGUUUACUGGUGUGAGUGGAGAGAGGGAGCAGCCAGCAGCAGCAGCAUCCAGCUCACUGUCACUGGUGGAUCAGUGAUCCUGCAGAGUCCUGUCCUCCCUGUGAUGGAGGGAGAUGACGUCACUCUGAGCUGUCACACAAAGACCGCUCCCUCCAACCUCCCAGCUGCUUUCUAUAAAGAUGGCUCCCUCAUCAGGACUGAGCCUGCAGGUCACAUGACCCUCCACCAUGUGACCAGCUCUGAUGAAGGCCUCUACAGGUGUAGCAUCAGCGGUCAUGGAGAGUCUCCAUCCAGCUGGAUCUCUGUCUCAGACCCACAGGCUUAGCCCCGCCCACCUCUGGAGCUCCUUCGACAGCCUCCUUUGUGCUCUGGCACCUGGUGGUGUUCUCUCCAUACUUCCUCUCAACGCUCCUCUUGGUGUCCUUGUAUCGACACAGAUCCACAGCUUCACCCAUCUAGGAGGAGCAGAGAACAGCUGAAUACGUUGACAACCUGAGGGAAGUCACCACAGAGCAUCACUUCUGAGCUCCUG